CCUUCACCAUGCACAUCAUCCCAUGUUUACUGUAAUCGAUUAUAAUUUACAGUGCAGGCUCUGGGAUUGGAGAAACCUCAGGAUUUAUAUUCUCAGUGCUGCACUGAUCCUUUUCUUUUCUUUUUCUUUUUUUUUUUUCCUGGUGAUGUGUCAUAACCUGUAUUUCCACAUGACUCACAAUAUGACUGACUAUAACAAGGAUUUUUACGAAUAAAAGCUCAGAUUGAACUAGUACUGAAGUGUUCCUGGACUACUGACACCACGCAGCUCAGCGGUUUGGGACGGAAUCUGGCUGCACAAGUUUCAGUAGCGACGCCAAUCAGAUCACUCCCUCACCUCCGAUAUGCAAAUCAGCUCGCCUUUUAUGGCCAAAUCCACGCCCCUCUCCUGGUUAGGGUCCCGCCCAGCUCCGGUGCGAAGGUGCGCUCCUGUCCGCGGGGACGCAGGAGCCGUAAAGAGACGGAUGGAGGGGAGGAGAGGAAGGAGGGAGGAGAGGGAGUGAGGGAGGAGAGGGAGUGAGAUUUCUUACCCAAUCCGCCUUUUCCCCGGGGAGCGCGCGAAGCCUUCCCUGCUCCAUCCCUCCCUCUUGUUCGCUCGCUAAUCACUGCAUUUUUACUUGCUCCUCUUUUUUGAAGCACGCGCGUCCGUUUUCAUCCCGCUGUUUCAUCCGCGCGCGCGUUUGGUCGCUCUUUCCUCCUUCUUCUGAGCAACUUCUCGACCAGACGUUCGCCUUGAUCCGGCGCGUUUCUCCUUUGAGAUGCUUGGCGAGCUCUCUCCUCCCUCUUUUAACUAGACACACACACACACACACAUACAUACACACACUCACUCACGCACACACGCGCGCACACACACACGCACACGCACACACAAACACACACACCGGUUUCAUCUUGAACUUGCGAGGUUUAUUAUUGGGAAUCUAAAAUAAGACAGGAGCAACCCGGUGGGAUACGGAGCGCUCGCGCGCCUUCAUCAAGGACCCCUUUGGAGAGGAUAAGGACCCUUGUUGACACUUUUUUUGUCGCUAAUCUCUUUUUGCCUCCUCCCUUUCAGUUGGUUUUUUAUUACUAGCUAAUCCGGAGGAUUUCUUUCUUCUUCUUCUUCUGUUUUUUUUUUUAAUUAUUCCGCUCGAAUAGCCGGUUUCGAGGGCCGUUUUCAUGUUUUCCAUCCAGGACGGUCUCCCGCGGGGAGCGCUCACCAUGAAGGAAGAACCGCUCGCCAGCGGCAUGACUCCGGUGCGCUCUUGGAUGCAGAGCGCCGGGAUACUGGACGCCAACACCGCCGCGCAAAGUGGUGUCGGUUUGGCCCGAGCUCACUACGAGAAACAGCCUCCCUCCAACCUGCGCAAAUCCAACUUCUUCCACUUCGUGUUGGCGCUGUACGAUCGGCAGGGGCAGCCGGUGGAAAUCGAGAGGACGUCCUACGUCGACUUCGUGGAGAAAGACAAAGAAUAUAACGGUGAAAAGACCAACAAUGGCAUCCACUACAGGUUACAGCUCCUCUACAGUAAUGGAAUCAGGACAGAGCAGGACCUGUAUGUACGGUUGAUAGACUCCAUGACUAAACAGCCAAUCAUGUACGAGGGCCAGGACAAGAACCCAGAGAUGUGCCGCGUCCUUCUUACCCACGAGAUCAUGUGCAGUCGGUGUUGUGACAAAAAGAGCUGCGGGAACCGAAACGAGACACCGUCAGAUCCAGUGAUCAUCGACAGAUUCUUCCUGAAGUUUUUCCUCAAGUGCAAUCAGAACUGCCUGAAAAACGCCGGGAACCCCAGAGACAUGAGACGCUUUCAGGUGGUGAUUUCCACUACGGUGAACGUAGACGGCCAUGUGCUGGCCGUGUCAGACAACAUGUUCGUCCAUAACAACUCCAAACACGGAAGACGCGCUCGCCGCCUCGAUCCAUCUGAAGCCACUCCAUGCAUCAAAGCUAUAAGCCCCAGUGAGGGCUGGACGACUGGAGGAGCCACUGUCAUCAUCAUCGGAGACAACUUCUUCGACGGGCUGCAAGUCGUCUUCGGAACCAUGCUUGUCUGGAGCGAGCUCAUCACACCCCACGCCAUCCGUGUUCAGACGCCACCGAGACACAUCCCCGGGGUCGUGGAGGUCACACUGUCCUACAAAUCCAAGCAGUUCUGCAAAGGAGCGCCGGGACGCUUUGUCUACACAGCUCUGAAUGAACCCACCAUCGAUUACGGCUUCCAGAGGUUACAGAAGGUCAUUCCACGCCACCCUGGAGACCCCGAGAGGUUACCUAAGGAGGUGCUGUUAAAGAGAGCAGCAGACCUGGUGGAAGCUCUUUAUGGAAUGCCUCAUAAUAAUCAGGAGAUCAUCCUGAAGCGGGCGGCCGAUCUUACCGAGGCUCUGUACAGCGUGCCACGCAGCCAUAACCAGCUGCCCUCUCUGACCGGAUCGAGUGCGCACUCGGGCAUGAUGGGAGUGAACUCGUUCAGCAGCCAGCUCGCCGUCAACAUCUCCGAGGCCACGCAGGCUGACCAGGGUUAUUCACGUAACUCCAACAGUGUGUCUCCUCGUGGCUACGUGCCGAGCUCCACGCCUCAGCAGUCCAACUACAACACCAUCACCUCCACCAUGAAUGGCUACGGAGCCGCCGGCAUGACCAACCUUGGCGUGCCUGGUUCACCCAGCUUCCUCAACGGAUCCACUGCCAACUCACCCUACGCAAUCAAACAGAAGAGCGCCUUCGCCCCCGUCGUGCGGCCUCAGACCUCCCCGCCCCCCACCUGCACCAGCACCAAUGGGAGCAGCCUACAGGCCAUGGCCGGUCUCAUCGUCCCUCCCAUGUGAAGCAGGAGGAGAAGUUUGUGCUCACUGAGCUUCCCCUGAUGAAUAUAAAACUCCACGAUUCUCAAGAACUCACCGACUCACACGUCAUCUUAGUAAAUAUCCUCACAUCAUCAUCAUCAUCAUCACCAUCAUCUAACGGAGGAGCUUUUUUUUUUUGAACAAGGAAAUCUUUUCCACAACCUGGACAACCUGGACAAAGUGCAUUAAAAAAGAUAAAAACUAACAAAAUGUCUUUUGUUUAUAUUUUCUGUUGGAUUGAGUCCCCUUUGAUCGUCGUCUUCUGGGACUUGUUUUGCAAAGAACGGCAGCCGAAGCCACUAGAUUACAGGAUUUGAGAUGAUUUCAGCGUGAACUGAACAGUUUGGAAACGUGCAGCUGUGACCCUCGGCUCGGCUCCAGACUUUUUAUUUGCAUGCGGAGCUGAUCUUGCUUUAAUUUCAGUUCAUAUUCAUGAACUUCAUCAUGUAAUGAUGGAGCGAGCCAAGUGGAAAAGGGAAUAAGCUCGUUAAAAAAAAAAAGAGUAAAAGCCAGGGCGAGACAUGAGGAAAGCUACAAGUGCUAACUUCUUCCCACUUCUUAUGCUAACAUGAACCGUGAAAUUUUUCAUCGGCUCAUACGAAGUCUUGCCAACAUAAAUUUCUACUACAUGUUCAUUUUCUACCAUUGACAUAAAUACAUAACUUCAAGAAUGAUGUUACUAACCUGAUACAGAUGCACAACAGCCGGGUUGAGCUUGAAGAUUUUCUUUUUUUUUUAGAACGACGAGUCCAUGAGUGUGUAGGUACAUUAGAGUCGCAGGUGUGUGGAUUGCUAGAUUUAAACCAGGAAUGCUUUCUGCAACUUUAUUCACAUUUAGGUACCAGACAUUAUUGUUGAUCUUCUUGUGAAUUUUUUUUGUAUGUAUUUAUAAAAAAAAAGUAUGUUUGGAGAUUUCUUUGGUGAUUUAGGCCUGAAUUAUAGUAUCACAUAUCUCUUGAUGUCUUAAUACCUUUUAGAUCUUGUAAAAAAAAAAAAGUGUGAAAAGUCAACCUUUUUUUUCUUUGUAAAAACAAAACAAAAAACACAGAAAAAUUCCAUGUCAGGUCACCUGCUUUUUUUUAAAGCAGGAUGUACUCUCCACCACUUUUGUAAAGGGAAAAAAACAACACUUUUUAAUUUGUAUAUUUAACUUUUUCUUUUUGUAAACAGCAUUUUGUGUUCUCGUUCGCCUUCCUCGUCCUGUGAGUUCUUGUGACAAAAACAUGUACGUUCAUUGUUCUUUCUAACUGCACUGUUUUCGUUGGGGCACUCACAAGAGCAAUGUAUCUUAGCGAACAAACUUAAAUGAAAAAAAAGGGGUAAAACAAAAAAACAGUUCCACAAAUAUGCACCAGUAUAUUCUCACACGUUGAGUUCAUUUUGUUACUUUGGUGAUGACUGAGAUGAAUGAUUGCUCAUCAUGUGGUUUGGGUGAUUGAUUAUUUCUGAAAUUAGGUUUUUAAGGUCACGUCAGGAUGCCUCACAGUGGUGUUUAGGCGACUGGACGUGGGAAAAACGGCAGGGUAAAAUAGAUGAGAAUCAAAUUUUGAAUUUUGUCCCACUAUGAUGGUCCAAUGCCAUAAAUUUAAUACUUGGUUAAAAUUUUUCACACACAAAUUGUUGAAAAGAUGGCAAAAUAUUAAUUUAGGUACAAAAUAUGAAAAAUACAGUUUUAUAAGAUUUUACACAUUGCUCAGAAAACUAACUGGAGCACUACAUGUGAUGUUAUUGCUAGCAUCAUUGCACACAACCUGCAUUAAUUACUUAUGCAAAAUGCAUUUAAUGCAAAUCACUUGAAAUCCAGAAUACAGAGUGGAAGUUGUGAAAUUAUGAAGUUCCUUCAGAUUUAUUUGCGAAUUUUUUUAUUUGGAUGUAACAAAGAGUUUCUUCAGUAGAGAAAAGAGCAACUCUCCUUGGGUACACAUGGAGCCUUUGAGGUGGCAUGGUGGUUAUUUUUAUUUUAAUUUUUUUGGAACGGCCAUGAAUUAGAAUAUUGAGGCCACAAACUAAGUAUCUCAUUGUCAUGAAUUACGUUGUAGCCACGAAAUACUAAAUUUGUGAAAAGUCAUAUUUAAUAGGUAGCAUCCAGUUAAUUAUUUGACUGGAACGGCUAAAAAAGUUGUUUAAUAGUACAUCCAUAUCGCAUCCAAAUGUAAUAUUAUUAAUCAUAAUUGAUUAGGUUCUUGUGGCUACAAUUAUAUAAUUCUAUAGGUUUCUUAUAGUAUUAUAAUAUAAAAAGUAAUAUAAUAUUAUAAUAUAUUAAACUUAUAGCUUUAAUAUAUUAAUUUGUGGCCACACCUUAUUAAAAAAAAUAACCACCUUUAUUAAUUACCCAACACAUUAGUGGGUUUCCUUAUGAUUUAUUCAGCAGAUGAAGGAUAAAGAACAACCGCAUCACUGUAUUUAGAUUGUCCAAUGUAGAAACCAUCUAUAGACUGUCUGGAAACAUCUUAUCAAUAGAUUUUCAAAACCAUGCCAUGAAAACUAUCAGGAGAGUCCACAUGAACUGAAUUUGACAUUGUGAUAGGAGGAGGGACGGUUAGGGAUGUUCUACUAGACAUCAAGACCUCUAACCUGGACCAUCCAAAUGAAGCGAUAGAUAAUCUACUAAAAAUCACCAGUAAGUAACUAUGUAAGGAAUAAAACACGAUGGGGGUGUGCAGUUAUAGGAAAAGAAUCAAUGUCACAAAGUGUUUUAUUCCUCUUACACCACAGCCAUUUAACAGAAAAGUUAAAUUAAAGUUACAGCUUGACUUCUGACUGUUACAUUAAAUGUCAACACCCUCUGACCAAUCAGAAUCAAGAAUUCAACAGAGCUGUGGUGUAAAAAAAUGAACUGUUGACAUAUUGUUUAAAUUUAGCUAAUAAGUUGAUAAGGGUCACCUGACAGUCUAUAGAUGUUUUUUUUUUUUUUUUUUCCGACUGUUUGUUUGUUGAGUUUCUACAUUGAACUACCUAAAUGGAACAAUACAUAAAUGAAGCCUUGCGCUAGAAAAAACUUUACUAAUACAUUUACAUUAAUAGUUUGGGAUAUUUAAAUGGUUUGGAUUGUAUCGCACUGCGCAGAUUUUUUUUUUUUUUUAAAAUUAUAUUGGAAACAUUGAUCUCAGUGGGUGAAACUUGGGUAAGAAACCCUUUCUCUAGUAAAUUGUAGAACUGUAGUUUGAAAGUAAAUGUCCGCUAUGUUCGAGUUUACGGUUGCAACAAGUAGCAUAAUUUUAACCUAGCCUUAAGUUAUAAACUAAAACUUAUGCCAACAUCUUCCGCACAACAAAACAGCUAGCUAAUUCUGUAAUAAAAAAUGCAUUUUUGUUUUACUCUGCGAGCAGUGUAAUGUUUUAUUUAUUUGGGAAUGACAAGAUCCAGUGUAAUCAAUGAUAAAUAAUUUGCAGCCGUUGCCAUAGGGACAAACGUAUCCAUCACCUGUUACGAUAACCCUUCUACUAAAGUUCGUAACUCGUAAUGUCCAUCCUCCAGUUAGGAAAAACUAAAGAAAAUGGCCACAAAUCGGGAAAUUCGUACUUGGGAACUCAGAACGGUCUCCUCAACUCUGAGUUCAGCAAGUGAUGUCAAAUCAAAAUGGCUGCUCAAAGCAUCAACAGUAAACAAAGUAGCACUUCCUUCUUACAGUUUAUACAUGUAUUUGCUUUAGACCUAUCAACAGACAGACAUAAUCGCUUCUUAAGUCUAUAACAUUGACUAUUCAGAAGUAAAUAUACAUCAGUCAUCACAGUUAGCUGGCUAGCUUGUUGUUAACAAAAGACAAAAAUGGAGGCGUCUGCGGUUUUUCUUCGUGCUUGGUAGCUUGGAAAGCACGGAGGUCGAAAAUGAUAAUUCCGAGCUCCGUUUCCGAGAAUGCACUGUAACACCUUGUGUAGAAAAGAAACGUUACAAUGUCACCCAUUGAGAUCAAUAUGCAAUGCAAUACAUAAAAUCAUUGUGACUAUAAAUUUAUUUAUUUUACCGGAUUUUUCAGAUUCUAUUGAAGGUUUUAUUCAUAUGACGUCGUCUCCGAGGCUGAUUUUAAACCGAACGCUAACGGUGCAGGUAUAAAUAAAUAUAUGUACAGGUCAAUUUAGAUGUAAAUUCUUAUAAAAAAUUAGGGGGAGUUGAUGAGUGAGUACAUGAAAUAUAUCUUUUUAAAAAAGUGUACUGGUUUUGCCUUUAAAUCACUCAAUGAGAAGAACUUGGAAUACUUUACUGAAGUCAUCACUAUUUAUGUUCUGUAUGUGUGAAAAAGACUUACGUUAAAUGUCACAUAUUGAGCCAUUAUACAAACACAAGUUCAGUGUCUCUAUCUCUCUCUCUCUCUCUCUCUCUCUCUCAUACACACACACACACACACACACACACUUCCUGUCUAUCCUGUCAUCGUGUUGCGUUUUAGGGUGUAAGAACGCCGGGUUUGACUUUCCUUUUCCUUUUUCUUUCCCGAUGUUGAAAAGGGUAGAGGUACUGCUUUCUGAUCUUUGUGAAAUAUUGAAAUAUAUUGAAAGUAUAUCAAAAGCACAAUGUUUAAUUAAUGUCUUUAGAACCGAGGAGAACCCUUUCGUCUCCUCUCACACAUAAAUGUGCUGUACAUAAAUGCAUGUUUUUUUUCUUUCUUUUUUUUUUUCUGUGAUACCGUGGUUUUUGUACAGAAACAGACUAAUAAAGAUUACAUUUGGCUUGAAAAAAAUGGAUGUCUUAAUGACAGCAAUAACAAUG